GGGAUGUGACGCUGCUUCUGCUACAUAACACCAACACGCACUGUCUGCUGCGACAGGCGACCACUUCUGAUUCACUUUGCUGCUGACCUGCACUUUGACGUCUUGGGAAGCCACGAUCGACCACUUUUUCUUCUUCGACAUAGAAGGAAGCACUGUGUCUCGUCUAUCUUCGAUUCUUUUAGCCCCUCGACGUCUGUAGACUCACAGCUGGAAAGUUGCUUCCCUUUUUUGGCCAACGUGGGCAUCAGCUCCAUAAAGCAUGGCGGAUUACUUAAUCAGUGGUGGCACAGGCUACGUGCCCGAGGAUGGACUUUCGGCUCAGCAGCUCUUCUCGAUUGGAGACGGCCUUACAUACAACAGAUCUGACCAACAGUGCGUUGUCUCCGAUGGUCAUACGGCUGAAGAGCUAUGCUCUAAAGGAGAUGGGUUGACUUACAAUGACUUCCUGAUUCUCCCUGGCUUCAUCGACUUUACCUCAGACGAAGUGGACCUGACAUCAGCGCUGACCAGGAAGAUCACAUUGAAGACCCCCCUCAUCUCUUCCCCCAUGGACACGGUCACGGAGUCGGCCAUGGCGAUUGCUAUGGCGCUAAUGGGAGGCAUUGGCAUCAUUCACCACAACUGCACACCAGAAUUCCAGGCAAAUGAGGUCCGCAAGGUCAAGAGGUUUGAGCAGGGUUUCAUCACAGACCCGGUCGUGAUGAGUCCGCGACACACAGUCGGGGACGUGUUUGAGGCCAAAGUAAGGCAUGGCUUCUCCGGUAUUCCUGUCACGGAGACGGGCAAGAUGGGCAGCAAGCUUGUGGGCAUCGUCACCUCUAGAGACAUCGACUUCCUCUCUGAAAAAGAUCAUGACAGACCCCUGGAAGAGGCUAUGACAAAGAGGGACGAGUUGGUUGUGGCUCCAGCUGGUGUAACACUGAAAGAAGCCAAUGACAUCCUGCAGCGCAGUAAAAAAGGCAAGCUGCCCAUUGUAAAUAACAACGACGAGCUGGUGGCCAUCAUCGCCAGGACGGAUUUAAAGAAGAACAGGGACUACCCGCUGGCCUCCAAAGACUCGCGCAAACAGCUGCUGUGUGGAGCCGCCAUUGGAACCAGAGAGGACGACAAGUACAGACUGGACCUGCUGGUGCAGGCUGGGGUGGAUGUCGUCGUACUGGACUCUUCACAAGGAAACUCCGUGUAUCAAAUCAACAUGAUCAACUAUAUUAAACAGAAGUAUCCAGAAAUACAAGUGGCGGGUGGAAAUGUGGUUACAGCAGCCCAGGCCAAGAAUCUGAUUGAUGCUGGUGUCGAUGCACUGCGGGUCGGGAUGGGCUGCGGCUCCAUCUGCAUCACACAGGAAGUCAUGGCGUGCGGGCGGCCCCAGGGUACCUCGGUGUACAAGGUAGCAGAGUACGCCAGGCGUUUUGGUGUUCCAGUCAUCGCUGACGGCGGCAUUCAGACUGUGGGUCACGUGGUGAAGGCUCUGUCUCUGGGAGCAUCAACUGUUAUGAUGGGCUCUUUGCUAGCGGCAACCACUGAGGCGCCGGGAGAGUACUUCUUCUCAGACGGUGUGCGGUUGAAGAAAUACCGCGGUAUGGGCUCCCUGGACGCCAUGGAGAAGAGCACCAGCAGCCAGAAACGCUAUUUCAGUGAGGGCGACAAGGUGAAGGUAGCUCAGGGUGUGUCAGGCUCGGUCCAGGACAAGGGCUCCAUUCACAAGUUUGUACCGUACCUGAUCGCCGGCAUCCAGCACGGCUGCCAGGACAUCGGCGCCAAGAGUCUCUCUGUCCUCCGUUCAAUGAUGUACUCUGGAGAGCUGAAGUUUGAAAAGCGAACCAUGUCUGCACAGGUGGAGGGAGGAGUUCAUGGUCUUCAUUCUUACGAGAAGCGGCUUUACUGAUCAGGAGGGGAGUCGGGGGGGGACAAAGUCCACUCCGUCGGUGCACGUGACACACCCAAUCCAACAGUGACCAAAUAUUAAAUCGCCACAACAAAAAAAAUCCGCACCACCCACUACACCCUCUCUGGCCUCCCCGACAUCGUACCCACUGUUACACUCUCUCUGAUCCAAGCCUGCUGCUUCGGGGAGAAAAGAGGCACCAUGGUGAAGUGAGAAAACCUUCAAACUGACACCUUUCUUUAUGAACACCUGGGAUUUUGCACUCAAGAAGGCGGCGCAUCAGGGUUUUCCAGAACGACACAAACACCUUGUAUCUUGAGUAUGCAUUCGAUCCCACUUCUUUGCGUGCGUAUGUUGAUAGUAGUGAGAUUGAAUUGCGUGCGUGUUUGGUGAAUGGAGGGUAGCGUGCGUCUGAGGCUCUAAUGUUACAAAUGUGUUUUGGGACAAAGGAAGUGAAGCUGCACUGGGAUUAUUUACCCUGUUUAAAGUAGUGAAUCUGAAACAGCCAUGGCGCAAAACCUAUCAGCAUAUUUUGCGGAUCUAAGCUUACCAGCUCUUCCCCGCCAGAAGCCUUUCACAUCCCAGCUCUUAAACACACAAGUACUUAUGUGCAAACUACAAACACUUGUGUGUAAGUGCAGUGUGUCCACGUACUAUUGCAAUCUUACCUUUUUUUGUUUUUUCGCUUUACAAUUCAUCCCAGGUACAUGAUGCUGAACAUUCAGUUGCAUUUUAUUUUCAGCUCAUGUUGUUUACCUCUUUAAUGUGGAUUCUGGAGUUUGAAAUAUUGCCAUGAUGUUCCAAAGACAUCUUGAGCCAAAUAGUUAAUGUCCCAUAUCAGUGCAUUGUGUUCAUAUGUUGAGCAUGGAGGGGACCAAUAGAUAAAGAUCAGGUAUGUGAAAUAGAAAAAAAAAUGCAUCAAAUCAAUCAAGAAUAGUUCAUGAAGAGGACAAUUCCUCUGCCCAUAAUUUGAAUACUUUUAAAAAAAAGACACACUUUAUAUUGAACUUGUAUAGUCUUGGGGGCUUCAAAUUGAGCAUGAAGUGUUUUUGAUAUGCAUGUUUGUUUUUUCACUAAGCCAAACCGGGCUGUAUUUAUAUUCUGCUUUAGUGUAAUUGCAUACAUACUGCCAAGUGUAUUUACACUUCCUCUGACACUCUUCUUUUGAAACCAAAUGUUUGCUCAACAAUUUGCUUGUUACCUUCUCACUUUUCUCAUUCCUGCGUCCUCAGCGUGGCAUCAGUUCUCUUUUUUUUUAUUUCUGAUUUCUUUCUUUUUACCAGAGAUAUGCCUUGAAACAGUGAUGGAUAAAAGCUGUACACGACAGCUCAGUUCUGUCUCCUCCUUUUCUUACUUUUAAACGGCACGCUUUGUUUCUUAUCUUUUGGCUUAUGUGAGAGUACGCUUUUCUAACAUUUUCAUAUUGGAUGUCCUUUUCUGCCAGGUGUACUUUUUUUUUUUUUUUUUUUUAAAUAAGAUGUCCCAGAUUGUAAGAGUUGAGUUGCUUUCUAUUGUGCUAAUGUGUGUACUCUGCCCUGCACAUGGUUCACUUGACUAACAAAAGCCUUGCAGUUGGACGAAUUGCAAGAAAAUGUACAUGGAAAAUAUAUGGAAAAAUAUAUAUGCCUAUAUUCCGUUGAAAAUGACUGUUGCUUGUUUUCAGUUUCCCAUUCAAAGAGAGAAUUCAGGUUUAAAUGUCUUAUUUGUAAAGUCCUGAGUCAUGUUUGUCCAUCUAUAAAGCUCAAUUAUAGUGUUCAAUGGGAGAUUAGGUUUACAGUUGUUGUUUUUUUUUAUAGUGUUACACUUUUUGAUUUCUUGUUCAGUACAUUGCGAAGUAGCUACAGUUGCCAAGACACAAUGGUAGCUUUGCAACCAAAACCUUAAGUAAAGGCUUUUUAGAUGGAUAGAAAAGACUCAGUAUUCAAUAAAUUCAUUUUGGACUUUUGACUAAUAUCACUUCAGAACUUGUUUACAGUUAAACACUCAAACAGAGGAAAUGUUGCUUUUGCUGUUCAAUAUGGUAAAGAAGAAUAAAUACAUCAAACUGUG